GUUUCUGUUGACGAUUCACGUUGGUUCGUUGCGGAAAGUAGGAAAUAAUGGAGAAAGUUAACAGAAAAUCAUCGACCCGACCGUCGGUUAAGCUUGCCGAUCUAGACUUCACCCCAGUAUUGAUCGCAUUAGCAGUCGUUCUUCUUACUUUAGUGGUGCUAUUCCUGUGGAAGCGGAAGAAAACCGUCCGAUCUGCGGUACUUUUCACCGGUCUGUGCGAUUCCGGCAAAACAUUCCUGUUCUCGAAUCUCAUUUUGGGAAGUGGGCGGGAAACGUUCACGUCGAUCAAGGAAAAUGUCGGCUUCUUCAAGACCGAAAAGGGACGCGAGUUGAAGGUGGUGGAUGUUCCUGGGCACGAGCGGCUGCGAGGAAAGUUCUUCGAUGAAUACAAAAACGCCGCGAAGGCGAUAGUGUACCUAAUCGAUAGCGUUACUGUGCAGAAGGACAUUCGAGAUGUGGCAGAUUUUCUCUACACUAUCUUGGCGGAUAAAGCAACUGCCAAAAUUCCAGUGAUCAUACUUUGCAACAAACAAGACGAAACACUCGCCAAAAGUGAGUCUGCCAUCAAAAGCAUGCUGGAAAAGGAAAUGAAUAUCGUUCGGCAGACCAGAAGAAGCCAACUUAAAUCGGUCGACAACAGCUCAUCGUCCGAAGCAUUUUUGGGUAAAUCCGCCAACGUUGAUUUCGAGUUCGAUCAGGUCGGACAGCGUAUCCGUUUCGUGCCUUGCUCCGCCAAGGAAACACAGUACGACGAGUUGACCGCUUUCUUGGAGUCGCUGUAGGUGGAAGGUCCGUGUGUGCAUUUGUUUUUUUUCUUUCUCAUAUACUUUAAAAGCUAAAAUUUGUUUGAAAUAUGCCUGUUUGUAUGAAUGAAAAGUCUGCGAA